AUGCUCCUGCAGGUUCCGCCAUUCUCACCGCUGCGUCUAGAGGGAACCUUCAACCCAGCCACGAAAAGAAUGCGACAGGACCUCCGCUUCAAACUUCUAAGCAACAAAAGACGGUUUCUACCAUAUGGGCUCAUUUUGAAAGGUGCACCAAAGAUAAGCUGGCAGCUACCUGUUGCUACUGCCGAAGGAAGGGAAGCAGCAGCAAAGGAAAUAAGCUCACUAAUUCAACAGAGUGCACCCGAGUCAAAAAACCAGAAGAAAGUGCAACCGACACUCCAGGAAGCACUAGACCGGAAGAAGGCCUGGGAGCCCACUGAUGCGCAGGCACUGCUGCACUGCCAAAAGCUGGCAGAAUUUCUGGCUGUCAGCAUGAAGCCAUUCUCUAUGGUGGAAGACCCAGCAUUCCUCAGGUUCAUGCACUACUGUGUGCCCAAAUGGAAGAUUCCUGGGAGGAAACACUUUGCUUCCUCUGUUGUUCCUGCUCUCGAAGCAGCCAUUCGUGAGGCCCUCAAGAAAGAGCUCAAACUCAGCAUUGGGGGAAUAGUGCAUCUGACCACCGACAUCUGGUCAAGCCGGCAAGUGACGGACUACAUGUCUGUCACAGCUCACUGGAUGAUCCAGGAUCAGCAGGGAUGCCUGUCCAGACGGAAGGCUGUCAUGGACAUGGCAAGUUUCGGCCAAACGCACACGGCUGAGAAUAUAGCCGAAAAGUUGGACUCCGUCGUGAAACGCUGGCUGCCACCUCUGGACUUAGAACCAGGUUAUGUGACCACGGACAACGCUCAGAAUGUUGUCAGAGCAUUAAGAGAUGUCAACAUGAAGCGAAUUCCGUGCAUGGCACACUGUCUCAACCUCGUUGUGAAAGGAGGCCUAUCGAAGGCUGGACCAGCUGUGGAAGAUGCUUUAAAGACUUCCCGGGCCAUCUGUGGACAUUUUCACCAUUCGGCUACAAAAAUGUCAAAGCUCGCAGAGAUACAGCGCCGGCAAAACUUGCCCCAGCACCAGCUGCUACAAGACGUGCCAACUCGCUGGAACAGCACCUUGUAUAUGGUAGAACGACUGUGUGAGCAACGACGUGCGGUGACAGAGUUCUUUGAAGACAGCAGCAAGCACCACCUCACUCCAGAACAGUGGAUGCUUUUGAAGACCCUGAUAACUGUGCUGCGACCAUUUGAGGAGGCGACCCGCCUGGUGUGCAUGGAUGAUGCUACAUUAGGUCAAGUGCUGCCUCUGCUCAAGUUCAUUGAAAGGAGCCUUGAACGGAUGGCCAGCCGUGAAGGGGCAGCGGGUACUGCACAGCUUGCUGCCAGCCUGCUAACUGCAUUGCACAGCAACAGGCAUCUGAACAGCAUCAAGGAAGACAUUGUGUACUGGGCUGCAAGCUUCUUAGAUCCAAGGUUCAGGAACACAUUUGGCAACUACACUGAAGACCAGGCCGCUUUAAAACUGAAAAGGACUCAGGAGCACCUUAUUCGCCAGAUUGAGGAGACCAUGGAUGCUAAAGAUGACUGCAUCACAACAGAAACCUCGUCGCAAAUGUCAGCGCAACCGUGCAGUACAUCGGUUCAAACAGUGACCCCACCUCCAGCUGGAGAAUUCAGCCUGUGGUUUUCCAGCUCCGACGAGAUGGGACUGACCCAGUCACAAGUGCGGCCAGAGCAUGCACCACCCCAGCCAUCCUUAGCUGCAAAGGUUGAGCUGGACGCAUAUGCCCAGGACAGAGACGCUGACAGCUAUGGAGUGAAGAGUGACCCAUUGCAAUAUUGGGCAACAAAGAAAAACCAGUGGCCUUCUCUUUUCGUAACUGCAGUCAAGCACCUGGCAUGCCCCCCAACCAGUGUUUACUCUGAGCAGGCAUUCAGUGCAGCAGGCAUGAUUGUAACCGAGAGGAGGAACCGUCUAAGCACGAAAAAUGUUAGCAUGCUGGCAUUCAUUCGGAUGAACAGGGCUUGGAUCGACAAGGCAGCAUCCCCGAUUACUUCGAUGCUGGAGCAAGAUCUGGUCAGCUCAGAAUCAGAUAACGAGGACGAAGAGCCACUUCUUAAGAGAGUUCACUUUGAAGAUACUUAG